UAGCUGGUUGUUGUACUCACCAAGACGAGACAGCUCUUCUUAAAUUAUUAUUUUUUCUUCCUUGGUUUACAUUUGUUUGCCAAGGACGAUGGCCGAAAGGUCACCCAAGAGAAGCUCCUCAGCUCCAUCAUUGAAGAAAGAGAACACAGUCACUGAUUCAGCAGAUGCUGUCAACAAAGGUGACAUUUCACCCGGUGAAAUUCCUGAGUGUCCAGUGUGCCUCCAGACCUGCAUCCAUCCAGUCAAACUGCCAUGCAGUCACAUCUUCUGCUUCCUCUGUGUCAAAGGGGCUGCUAACCAGAGCAGUCGGUGCGCCCUCUGCAGACAAGGGAUUCCUGUUGAAUUCUUCACCAAUCCAACUCUCGUCAGCAAGAAGGAUGUGUGUGGCAAAGGACUGGAUCUUGACGCCGAGACGGAACACUAUUCGUGGUUUUACGAGGGUCGAAACGGAUGGUGGCAGUACGACGAGCGGACUAACGUGGAACUGGAAGAGAACUACAACGCCAAGAAACGGACGUUUGAGCUGCUGGUCGCUGGGUACAUGUACGUCAUCGACUUGGACAAUAUGGUACAGAUGAGGAGGAACGACCCCUCACGUCGACGUCGGAUCAAACGGGAUUUGGUCAGCGCCCCGAAGAAGGGCAUUGCGGGACUGAAGAUCGCUGCCCGGCCCGAAGGUGCAGCAGCAACUGUAGAGGAUCAGCAGGCUUCUGACCCUGGGAAAGAUGAGACGGCAGCAGCUGAUGGGGCACCCCCAAAGGAAAGUGGUACAGGCCUGAAAUCUGUGCCAGCUGGUGGACCGGGUCGUACCAAGUCACGGUCGGCAGGGGUAGGAAGAGAUCAUGCGCAUGAGGAUCCGAGCAGAGAGCCUUUAGAUCAGUACGACGCCGAUGACGAUUACGAGGGAACAGAUGAUGAGGAUGAAAAUGAUGCGCAGUGGCGUGGGUCGCGGCUGAGAUCGCGACCACAGCGGCAGGUUAGCAGAAAUGGACGCAACACCCACGCCGAUCUGGACAUUGCGCAGAACCCGCUGCCCGGCGCAAGACGACUCGGCGCGACCAGCACCAGAGCUCACCCCCAGGGGCUACCAAUCAGGCACCACAGGGUGAGCUCAGCCCCCGAGACCCGCCCGGGGCGAUACGCACAGCCGCGACAGCCACCCACCACCAACCGCGUUGAUCCCCCGCAGGAACAGGCCGACUCCACAAACCUCGACAGUGCAAUGCAUUCACUUCAUCUGCCUACUCCCGACGAUUCUGUGUACGAGCCCACGCAAGCCCCCGACCAGUCUACACGGGGAGAGGUACGUCAGCGUCGACGCCGCCAACGGCAGAAUAAUGACGACAUAUGGUUUUAAUCAGCGAGAUUUGGCUCCGUGUGUGUGUUGAAACUUCAUGUCACUCCCAACAUGCCUCGAGUCAUAAGUGAUCUUGUUGGAGACAUGUAUACAUGUAAAUGUAUUUUGAAUUUGUAAUGCCCAAGUUGCAUGCUUUUAGCACAAAUCUGUCGCAUAAUUUUUUUGUCAAUCUCUCUACAACCAAUCAGUUAAAGCCCGAGUCCAUCAUUUGCAGCUAUCCAAAAAAGUAACCGGCGUAAUUAUGGUUGAAAAACAUACUGGUU